GAUAUUUUGUUAUGCUGAAGAUCACUAUGGAGGAUUCCCUCGUGGAUGUAUCGAGGCUGAUUUCGUUUCCAUUGCUUACGUAUGCACGAGAAGAAUGUGAAGAAUCCUGUGCGCGAUAUGCGAUGGAGGAUGCUUUUACCAUGCAGGAUUUGCUGCCGCAUUGAUAUUGAUACUUUUGGUACGCACGAGCUGGGGAGAUACGAGUCGAUACGGACGGAGUACAUACGUGCAACUUGGCCCAUCAACCGCAAGACGAGCGUCCUUAUCGGAUCUCGUUAUCACGAAUGUUCGGAGUUGAGGUGCAUGGCCGCCCCGCCCGCGUUGCCGUGGAAGGUGCAGGAGACAAGUCGAUGGUGCGUGCACGUGACUAAGGAGACGGAUGGGCUGUGGUCGAGAGGAGCAAUGUUACAUUGGAAGUCGCCCCCUUACAAACACUGCCCACUGCCCUCGCAGGUUGUAAGCAGGUGAUAAGGCAUAGUGUUGAGAGGGAGAGAGGGAGGGAGAGAGGGAGCGAGAGAGAGAGAGAGAGUCUGAGGGACGUCUGUUUAAUUUAGAUAUCGUUGCAGCCUCUCAUUGCGAAGAGUGCGAGUAGUGGCACAUACACCGAUCCCAAAGCAAAAAGAGAAAAGUAGAAGAAGCCGUACUCUAUUCUUCCAUAUUGAUUGAUAUUGGCUCUGCCACUCGUGCUACAACACAACCACAACCACAACCACAACCACAACCACAUCGCCACGACGAGAUUCUGUCAACGUUUCACUCGUUCCAUAUCACUCCCUCCCUCGCUCCCUCGCUCCCUCGCCUCGUAUCAAUUCACGCGUAUUGCCUGGAAUCAGCAAUCUCUUUUGGCGGGGCAAUCGCCUGUGAGGACUUGUUUGAAGCUAAAUCCUGACCGCAACGCACUGAACAAACACUUACUGUGUCAAUCCCUCGAAGAAAUCCCGAUAUUUAUUACUCUGCUCCUCAUCCAUUACCAUACCCAUCUACCAUCUACCAUCUGCCAUCCACCAUCCACCAUCUACCAUCCACCACCCAACAUCAAUUACAACCAUACUCAUUACCUCGAAUCCUACAACGUAUCCUUCUUCCCCCGUCCCCCUCUCCUACCGAUACAAUUUUGUUCCCCAUCCCCAAGAUGUCGUCUUGGAAUAUCACCAAGAAGCUCAAAGAGACGCAUCUUGGUCCCCUAACGUCUACCUUCUCUCGAACCCCAUCUUCACAAACUCUUCGGGAAUCAUCCAAAGAUGAGAAAUCUGGCACCUCCAGUCCGGCACCAUCUAUCAACGAUAAUGGAAUAGCUGCCUCGGAAGCCAUAGCCACUCAACCACAAUCCGCUCCUCGACCGGGCAUUCUCAUCGUUACUCUGCACGAAGGAAAUGGAUUCUCUCUCCCAGAUCAAUAUAAACAAGUAUUCAGCAACCAUACACAGAAUUCAUUAUCUGCGGGAAAUGGCUUUGGAGUGGCAGGUUCAGUCCGUUCGGGGGCUUCAAACCAAGUCGCGGGAUCUUACUCGAAUAUGAGACCACAAACAUCGGGCGGUGGAAUUCAAGUUCCUACUAACCAUGGUCGUAUUUCCUCCAAAUACCUUCCAUAUGCCUUGUUAGAUUUCGAUAAGAUGCAAGUUUUUGUCAAUUCAGUUGCAGGGUCCCCUGAAAACCCCUUAUGGGCUGGAGAUAAUACUCAGUAUAAGUUUGAUGUUUCAAGAGUUACUGAAUUAGCAGUUCAUUUAUACCUUCGAAACCCAAAUGCGCCUCCGGGAUCCGGUCGAAGUCAAGAUAUUUUCCUUGGUGUUACGCGCAUCAAUCCUCGAUUCGAAGAAAAGCAUAAAUACGUCGAAGAUCCUAAGCUGGGGAAAAAGGACAAGGAAAAGGCCGCUGCAGAAUUCCAAAGAAGAGAGAGCACAUUGGGACAAAGUGGACCGGAGUGGUUAGACGUUCAAUAUGGCACUGGAAAGAUUCGCAUUGGAGUUGAAUACGUUGAGAAUAGAACAAGAGCAUUGAAGAUUGAAGAUUUCGACCUGUUGAAAGUGGUUGGAAAAGGAAGUUUUGGAAAGGUCAUGCAAGUCAAGAAAAAAGAUACCCAACGAAUUUACGCCCUCAAGACCAUUCGAAAGGCUCAUAUUAUUUCACGAUCAGAAGUCGCACACACAUUGGCAGAAAGAUCGGUCCUUUCUCAAAUCAACAAUCCGUUCAUCGUUCCUCUCAAGUUUACUUUCCAAUCGCCGGAAAAGUUAUAUUUCGUCUUGGCAUUUGUUAACGGUGGUGAACUUUUCCAUCAUCUUCAAAAGGAGUCUCGCUUCGACAUCAAUCGUUCAAGAUUUUACACGGCCGAGCUACUUUGCGCUUUAGAAUGUUUACAUGGUUUCAACGUUAUUUAUCGUGACUUGAAGCCGGAGAACAUUCUUUUGGAUUACUCGGGUCACAUUGCACUUUGUGAUUUUGGCUUGUGUAAGCUUGAUAUGAAGGAUGAAGAUCGCACCAAUACCUUCUGUGGAACUCCCGAAUACUUGGCACCAGAAUUGCUGAUGGGACAAGGUUACACUAAGACGGUUGAUUGGUGGACCCUUGGUGUUUUGCUCUAUGAGAUGUUGACUGGUUUACCUCCUUUCUAUGAUGAGAAUACCAAUGAGAUGUAUCGCAAGAUUUUGAGCGAUCCAUUGAACUUCCCUGGCCCUGAGAUUGUUCCACCUGCUGCAAAGGAUCUUUUGCAGAAACUUCUCAACAGAAAACCAGAUCUCAGAUUGGGUGCAAAUGGUGCAUCGGAAAUUAAGGCCCAUCCUUUCUUCCACAGCAUUGAUUGGCGAAAGUUACUUCAAAGAAAGUAUGAGCCUACAUUCAAGCCUAACGUGACGGAUGCUCUUGACACUACCAACUUUGAUGUAGAAUUUACCUCUCAAGCACCAGCCGAUUCAUUGGUAGAAGGUGGACAAUUGUCAUCAACCAUGCAAGAACAGUUUACUGGAUGGUCUUACAACAGACCGGUUGCAGGGUUGGGAGAUGGAGGUGGAAGUAUCAAAGAUCCAAGUUUCGUAGGAAGUGUACAGGAUAGAUAGAUGGAUGAAAGGCACGGGAAAAAGGGAACUGGAAUUCUGGAAAUGACCAGUGGUAUGAUGGUAUGAUUUCAACUUUACUCGGGCGUCUUUUCUCUCCAGAUAGCAAUUCGCAUACAGAUUGAGGAUUGGAGUGGUUUCUCUUCAUGAAUAAAUUCUAAGAACAUUAUCAGAUAAGAUGAGAUGAGAAGUUAUAUGAAAAUGGAUAUUUGAUGUUAUUGUAUUCUUCUUUGGCACUGAGAGUAAUAUUGGGGAAUCGCAUGAGAGUAGAGUAGAGUAGAGUAAAGUAGAGUAAAGGCGUUAUGAAAUGAAUAGGUAGGUAGAUAAGUUUGAUAGAGAGCAAGGAGGGGAGGAAGAGAAGGGAUUUUGAAAUUUCUUGCUAUGGGAAAAUCGAAGUAUUUGUUUUCUUCCUUUUCUUUUGGGCGUAUGUCGAGUUGAGUUGAAUUGAGUCGAAUCAAUAAAGAGAUUUUUAAAUUAAAUUUGGAUUUUUUUGAAUGAGGGGUUUGAGAUUGAGAUUUGGGAUUUGGGUUUUGGGAUUGUGAGGGUGAUGAGGUGAUUGAGGAUGUGAAAUUGGGGAUGUGAUGUUAUGUAUUGAUAUAUGAGUAGGUGAUUGGGUGAGUAGGUGAUUGUGAAUACUUUUUUAUAGAUAUUUUUUUUAUAGAUAGAUAGAUAGAUAGAUAGAUGAGUAGGUAGGUAGGUAGACAGGUAGGGCUUUAUAUAAAGGAUUACAAUCUAUAUGCUAAA